AGAGCAAGCCACAGAGCAGCUCAUCAGAUGCACACAAAGAAGAUAGGAUAAGAUUUCCUCUGAGCGCCUUACUUCCACACUCCAGUAAAUUAUAUCCUCCUUAUCAACUUGCAUUCAUUCUCCGAAAACUAGCAUACCAUUCAAGAUGGCUGCAUUAACAACCCUCUUCACCACCAUGCUGAACACCACCUUCUUAAACCGCCACCAACCUGUUGUCACCAGUCUCCGAGCCAACACUGGUAAAUCCCUUUUCGGGCUCAAGUCAUCCGGACGAGGCCGGGUGACUUGCAUGGCUUACAAAGUGAAGCUGAUUACACCAACAGGUGAGCAUGAAUUCGAGUGUCCAAGUGAUGAGUACAUUCUCGACUAUGCUGAAGAGAAGGGAAUCGAUCUUCCCUUCUCUUGCAGAGCAGGGUCAUGCUCUAGUUGUACAGGAAAAGUUGUUUCGGGCUCGGUGGAUCAAUCAGACCAGAGCUUUCUUGAUGAUGAACAGGUGGAUGCGGGUUAUGUUCUCACUUGUGUGGCUUAUCCUAUCUCUGAUGUAACAAUUCAAACCCACAGGGAGGAGGAUCUUUUUUAAAUAUUUAUUCUUAUGUCCUGAUAUCCUUUGUUACACAAUUCAUAAUCUUCUGUUUGGUUUUUGAUUA